AUUUCGGAAAGACGUGUGUGUGACGUCAACAGGUUUUUCGAUUUAUUUGCCACAUGUUGAAAUCAAAGCGCACCCCGUUUUUGGCCUUCAUCUACAACGACAAUAUGGGAAACAAAGUAGGUAAAGAGCUUGAAGAGAACGAAGAACAAGAAAAAGAAUAUGAAAUUUCGUUUCUUCAAGGCAGAAUGUCGGCGAUGGAAAUCAGGGAAAAGGUCACGGGGGAGGAGAUUCAAACGGGGGUUGAUGGCAAUAAGAAGGAAGGAGGGAUCGCGUAUUAUGUCGGAUUUGAGGAGAAGAAACCAUUGCCACCACCUCCGGUAAGACUUCUCAAUCGGCCACGUAUCGUAAACAAAGUGGUUAGCGAUCUAUAUGACGACGAUGAAAGAAAGCUAAUGGCAGAGAUAUUACAAAACGAAACCAUGAACCACAGAGGUAUUUCGGCUGCCACGCGAGAAGAGCGACAUGCUCUCGCAAGACUACGAAGAGAGGAAAUUGCCAUUUUGAAGCACCAACGUCACGAGGCGAGAAUGAGAGCGAUCGAGGAAAGCAACAGGCGCCGAAACGAGUUACUGAACCAAAGACGGGCGGCUUCACAUAGCAGGUCGAACCUCGUAUCUACCAGCGCACACGUCCGUAAAGAAAAGUGCCAGGACGUGACGUCACACAAGAAAGGCAAUCUAGUGUCAUCUAGUUACACUUACGUACAAAGGACUUAUACAUGACCGCUUGCAAUGCUAUUUAUUGAUUGUAUCUCAUACCUGCAUGUUGACCUCUGACUUUCCAUUUAAGUAAUACUCUGCGAAAGUCAGUCAACUUGCAUAAUAUCAAAUGCAUUUAAUUUCCCAUAGAAUUGUCCUGGAGCCAAUGAUGCUUUCGAAAAGCUAAAGGGAAGUUUCAUACAUUCAUUCGUUGAUUAAAUUUGAAGAUAAUUUACUUUCGAAAAUAUUUUCUGAAUAUAAUUCGGUAAAGCUACCUUCCACGACAAUAUAUAUAUACAAUAUAUAUCGGAAUAUUUUGGAAUUUCUGAAGCCUAGAUAAAGGACAAAUGUAUAAUUUUAUGUUAAAAUCCAGGAAAAUUUCUUUCGUAAUAGAUUUAUUAAACUUCAAUAUGAUGAACCAAGUCAAAAUAGGUGAAGCAUUACUUAAUGUGGAUAUUAAUUAACGCUAAAAUUGUGAUAUUAACCGACGCAAAGCGAAUGCCAAAAUAAAAAUAUGAGGAUUGAUAAAUAUACAUGUUCAUGUCCGGCUAAGUUAGCGAUGGCAGAUAUUUUAUCAUUUGACUAUAUAUGGAAAUGAAGAAUAGACCGACAGUCCAUAUGUAUCAAUAUAUCUGACGUCUCCAGAAAAAGAUGAAAAAAGAGUCAUUCCUGGCCGCCCAGAAUAUGACGUCAUGAACAAUAGUAUGACGUCACCACUGUGAUAUUAACUGCACGUGUAAUCUACGUCAUAAAUUAUUACCUAGAAGAGUUCUUGUUCUUGUCAACCACAAAUGCGAGCAAUCUGAUCUAAUAAAAGUAAAAAAAUGAAUAAAUACAUAAAUAAAGUACUUUA